AUGGCGACAUUUGCGAGUCCUCCUAAUAACGACGGCGCCGCAUCUCGGGCGAGUUGGGGCGAUCCGCGAGAUGCCCGUCCACCAAGCACCGGUGGUACCGGCACGAGUCGAGUGUUCGCCAGUAUCGAGGACAUUGUUAGCGAUGCUCAACCGCGGUACUCGCCUGACACACAGCCGGGUCAACUCCUGAGCGAUGCCGAAAAGUGCUAUGCAGCCUCUCGCAAUGCCCUCGAUUUCGGCCGGCCGGACACUGCCUUUCGAGAAUAUCUACUUGCCUACGAUAUUGCUACUAACAGCAUUCCGAGGCAUAAAGAAUUCGGUUUCUGGGAGUACAAUCAACCUGCUUGGGCGGCCCGUUACAAGAGCCUGACCAAGAAGCUGGCAGAUCUCGAAAACAAGAUGGUCGAAGUUAAGCAGACAAUAAAAGAGAACAAUGCUAUACACGGGACCAGGCCUCGCUCGUCUUCCAGAGGCACCGUCUACGACACCGGCUUUGGGCAAAGUCCUGUCAAUACAUCUCCUGCUGGUCCGCACGCGACGGGUCUUCCGUCCGCCUUGAGACCAGGUGCGCCUCGACCUGCAAACAAACCGGAGGGCUUACAGGGCCGGCCCCUUUCAAAUGGAACUAAUGACCUCGCCGACCGAUUUGCGCGUCUGCGCACGCCAGGCGCGGCUGAUGCACCACUUUCAAUGCCAAAUGCGGGCGACUUCAAACGGGACUCUAGCGGUAGACCAUAUUCUUACGCCACAGAUGCUCAAGGAGUGCCCCAGGCUCGGCCAAGCGGACCAAGGAGUAUGCCUAAUGGCUCCAGCCUGCCACAGAUACCACCAAAAGUGCCAAUCAUUACCAACUUUUCUCUACCGAAGCCUCCGAGUCCGACCUACAGUCCAAUAAAUGUCACAACUCCAGGUGGAUCGAAGCCACAUGAAGGACGGCCGCCGAAGGAGAAACGUCUACAGUACUAUAGCCAGCCACAGAAUGGCUCGUCCACUUCCCUGGCUUACAAGGCCCGAGAAGAGAUUCUGCUACCGUACCGCCCAACUACGCCAAACGGUGUCAACAACGCUAUUGUGCCAAAGAGCAGCUCGAGUGAGAUACCACACGACUCCGCUAUCUUCCCCGAGACUCUGCAAAAGUACAUGACCAGGUACAACAUCUUACUGGUAGACAUCCGAGAGCGUGUGCUCUACGAUGAAGGGCAUAUCAUGGCUAGCUCCGUCAUCUGUGUCGAACCGUUGUCGCUCAGGGAGGGACUGUCUGCCGAAGAUCUCGAGGAAGGCAUGGUGCUUGCCCCGGAGAGCGAACAGCUGCAGUUCUCACGUCGCAAUCAAUUCGAUCUUGUCGUAUACUACGACCAGAGAACUUCCGAUAUCAGCUUUUUGAAGGGGCACCCAGCAAUGACCCAAGCUCCUGCCCUUCGUGCGUUCUACGAUACCCUUUACGAAUUUAAUGAGACCAAGCCUCUGAAAGAUGGACGACCACCAGCACUGCUGAGAGGAGGUCUGGAUGCUUGGGUUGACUUCAUGGGUGUUCAUUCCCUUGCAACAUCCAGAACUGCAGCCAUGUUAGGCACUACAAGACAAAGGCCGGUCCGUGGCCCCGCGCUCAAUCGACGUAUCAUUAGUCAAGGCUCGAGACUAGAUGUCCGCAAUAAGCGCUUGAGGGCACACAGCUUUCUUGACGAGAAGGAGCAAAGGCAGUGGAUGCAACAAGCUCAGAAUGAACAUGUUAAUGUAAAUGAAGCACCCGAGUUGAGCGAUGGCGAGUAUGUGAUGGUCGAGGAAGAGCCUCCGCCACCUUCGCCUUUCGUCUCGGAUGUGGAAAGUUUCCUCAGGCGCUUUCCGUCCGUUCGCGAUGAGCAGCAGUCAAUGACAACGGCUCCUCGGCGGCCUAUGACGAUGCCUCCCCAACGGCAUGAGCCACCACCACCACCAUCCAUACCGAGCCGUCCGGCUCCUGCAGUGCCGCGACCUAGCUAUUCGGGCCAAGCUGAGCUUAUACAAUCUCAGGCGCCUCUGGCUCGAACGACAUCUUCGACAAGAGCGCCCUUGUACUCGUCUGCCGGCUUAGCAAGGACAAGAAAGCUGCCGAGAACAGGCUUGACAAACUUCGGCGUCACGUGCUACAUGAAUGCGACUGUGCAGUGUCUGUCGGCAACGGUGCCGCUGUCUCAGUUCUUCACAGACCGCAUGUAUGAGCAAUAUGUGCAGCAAAAUUGGAAAGGUAGCAGCGGCAUCAUGCCCCAAUUCUACGCCAACUUGGUCAAAGCCCUGUGGAAUGACGAUUGCGAGGGCAUCAAGCCAACCUCUUUCCGCAAAUUCUGCGGCCGGAUGAACCAAGAAUGGAUCAUUGACCGCCAGCAAGACGCUAAGGAGUUCUUCGACUUCCUUGUCGACUGCCUGCACGAAGAUCUGAACGUGAAUUGGGACCGCACGCAACUCCGAGCUUUGACUGAACAAGAAGAGGCCCAGCGCGAGCGCAUGGACAUCGUCAAGGCGAGUCCAAUCGAAUGGCAAAGGUUCGAACAUCGCGACCGCAGCUACGUCUCGUCGCUCUUCGCCGGCCAGCAUGCCUCCCGACUGCGUUGCCUCACCUGCCAGAAUACGUCAACGACAUACGAGGCUUUCUAUAGUAUCAGCAUCGAGAUUCCUCGGUCCGGCCAGGGCAACAUCUACGACUGCCUGCGCUCGUACACGAAAGAAGAAAAGCUUCAGCAAGCAUGGCGCUGCCCACAUUGCAAAGCCGACCGCGAGGCUACCAAGCAAAUCAUACUUACGCGCCUCCCCCAAUUCUUGGUGAUUCACUUUAAGAGAUUCGCCGCCUCCAAACUCGAGCGCGCCAAGAAGAUCCACACGCCCAUCGAUUUUCCGACACACGGGCUAAAUAUGGAUGACUUCGUGGUCCCACGCCCGAAGCCGGUGCCGGACAAAGAGGGCAAGUUCGAUAUGGCCACCACACCGCCGUUUACGUAUGAUGCGUAUGGCGUGUUGAGGCACUUGGGUGGGACGCUAGAUGGAGGACAUUAUGUCAGUCUGGUCAAGGACCCUGGCAGGGGUACUUGGAGGAAGUUCGAUGAUGAAAGGCACUAUGAUUUUGAUCCGGCUAAAUUGGGGCCGAGAGACAGGCUGCAGAAUGCGGAAGCGUAUAUUGUGUUUUAUCAGCGGGCGCCGUUGCAGGCUUUGUUGUAG